AUGGCACCGAGUUUCGACACUCUUUCAGAGCAGGACCUCCACGAGCAGGAGCUGGAUAUCGAUUUUUCAGACCUUAAAGCACAAUAUGAAGUUAGACUGGAGGAGGGCUUGGAUGCCUUUGUGGUUAUCGAUGGGCUGCCAAUCGUGCCCGAAGAGAGCAAACCGCGGCUUGUGAAAUUCUUGCUGAAAAAGCUGAACACUGUUGGCCGGACGAGCGAAGAUGCCAUUUUUAUGCCCAUGAACGAGAAUAAGAUGUCGGAAGGAUUUGCAUUUGUUGAAUACGAGUCACCCGAACAGGCUCUCGAGGCCACGAAACAUCUUCACGGCACUCCCCUGGAUAAAAAGCACACAUUGGCUGUUAAUAAACUUACGGAUAUCGAUCGGUAUGGACGUGAGGGCCGUGUUGACGAGGAAUAUAAACCACCGACCAUCGAGCCAUUCCAAGAAAAGGAACACCUUCGAUCGUGGCUAGGCGACCCCAAUGCCCGCGACCAGUUUGCAAUGUUCCGAGGCGACAAGGUUGGUGUGUUCUGGAAUAUGAAAAAAGACCCUCCAGAGAAUAUCGUCGACCGGGAUCACUGGACCCAGCUUUUCGUACAAUGGUCUCCACAAGGCACUUUCCUCGCGUCUGUGCAUCCACAAGGUGUGCAGCUUUGGGGAGGACCCCAAUUCACCAAGCAAAAACAAUUCCCCCAUCCAUUCGUUCAGCUUAUUGAGUUUUCCCCCGGUGAAAGUUACUUGACAACCUGGUCAGCACGGCCGAUCCAAAUCGAAGGCCCCCACCCGGUUCUCUCCUACGAAGAGGACGGCAAACAUUUCAUUAUCUGGGACAUCACAACUGGCAAGCCGCUGCGAUCAUUUGUCAACCAUGACGUUCCCGCGUCUGCUGGCCCAGAGGGAGAGUCUGUGAAGAAGAAGGUCCAAUGGCCUGCCUUCAAGUGGUCUUCGGAUGAAAAAUACGUUGCACGAAUGCUCCUAGGCCAAUCCAUUUCUGUCUACGAGCUUCCACGCAUGAACCUCCUAGAUAAGACAUCUAUUAAAAUCGAAGGAGUUACUGAUUUCGAAUGGGCGCCCGCGGCACCCCAACGCGACGGCAUUAAACAAUACGAACAACUAUUCUCCUUCUGGACCCCAGAAAUCGGCAGCAACCCCGCGAAAGUCGGUUUGAUGAGCAUCCCUUCCAAGGAAAUUGUCCGGACAAGAAAUCUCUUCAACGUUUCCGACGUUAAACUCCAUUGGCAAUCGCAGGGUGCAUACGUCUGCGUCAAAGUUGACCGGCACUCCAAGUCCAAGAAGUCUCUUGCUACAAAUCUCGAAAUUUUCCGUGUUAAGGAGAAAGGCGUCCCUGUUGAGGUGGUUGACUCUAUCAAAGAUACCGUGAUAAACUUCGCUUGGGAGCCCAAGGGCGAUCGGUUCGUUCUCAUCACGACCGGCGAAGCCACCCCUGGCGCCGCAGUUGCUCCCAAGACAGCCGUUUCGUUCUUCUGCCCUGAGAAAGUCAAGGGCACCGGUACGGGAAAUUUCAAACUUAUCCGUACCAUCGAGAAGAAGACGAGCAACGGCAUAUAUUGGUCUCCUAAGGGCCGGUUCGUGGUUGUAGCCACUGUCCACUCGCAACAGAACUUCGACCUCGAUUUCUGGGACCUGGACUUCGAGGGUGAGAAGCAGGAGAGCGAGAAGGACCUUUCCGCAAAUCUCCAACUAAUGAAAACCUCCGAUCACUACGGUGUCACUGACAUCGACUGGGACCCGACUGGCCGUUACGUUGUCAGCAGUGCCAGUGCUUGGACUCACACAAUGGAAAACGGGUACAACAUCCACACGUUCGCCGGCACCACACUCGCCGAACACCCAACAGAGAAAUUCAAGCAGUUCGUCUGGCGCCCGCGUCCCCCGACCUUCCUCAGCAAGGAGGAGCAGAAACAGGUCCGCAAGAACCUGCGCGAGUACUCCCGAGAGUUCGAAGAGGAGGACAAGUACGCCGUCGACAUUGCCAACACGGCUAUUGUCGAGAUGCGCAAGAGAGUCCUUAAGGAAUGGACUGCUUGGGUACGCCGGGAAAAGGAGCUGCUGGAUGAGGAGAUUGAGAUGCUUGGCCUGGAGAAGGAGGAUGAUAUGGAUGCAGCGGCUAAGGAAGAGACGGAGGCGGAGGGAAUGGUGGUGGAGGAGAUUGUGGAGGAGAUCAUUGACGAGACGGAGGAGAUUAUUGGAUGA